CAACCCACGAAAACUAAUACAGUACCAGGAACGCAUGAUUGGUAAAAACUCCUCGCAAAAAAAUUAAAGAAAAUACAUGUUCCUGAUACACUCUACCACAGAGAAGCAAAAAUGGAUCUGGAUGUCCUUCAGUAUUUGGCCAAGGCCAGGAAAAAACAAGACCUUGCAGCUUUGCAAUCAGCCUUCAAUGAAUUGGAAGAGAUGACAGAAGCUGACUCAGGAGGACCACUCAGCUUUGACCAACAUAUGUACAUCUCCUGCGCAGAAGUUGCUCUGGCGCUGGGUUGUUUAGAAAUAACUGCAGCCUGUCUGAAGAGGUUCUUUGAUGGCAAUCCACCAGCUGAUCAAUAUCUGUGUCGAGCCUUCCUCUGUCAGAGCCAACUGAAGGUUCCCGCACCCACAGGGAGCAUGGGAGACUUUAAAGAAAAUGUGCAGUAUUUUCUGAAAGCAAUUGACAUUUCAAAGCGAGAGAAAAGAUCGCACUACAUUGUGUUCAAUGCCUCAGUACUGUAUCUUCAGAUGGUGCGUCCUCUCCUGCAGCCAGGGCGGUGUUGCCAACUCAUAUCCUCCCUCAGGCAGGUGGUCAAAAGUCUGGAAUUGGUGGCAGACAAGGACCACAGCUGGAGGGCUGAACUCAUGAUGCACCUAAUUGACUCUCUUUUGGACGCUGGGAAAACUGAUGACGCUGCAAGUUAUGCCCGAGUUACAGAGGAAUUCAUCAGAAAACACUGCCCACAUCUUUAUUCAAACGUGUUUCGUUUACAGGUGUGGCAUAACCUGUCAAAAAGGGAAAUCCUCCUGAAAAAAAGCCGCCAGUCUACUACCUUAACGGUGAUUUACAAAAUGCUGCAAUUUAAAAGGGGGUUGGCAGAAAUAAACGAGGAUGAACUUGCAAAAAAGGAUUUCAAUGAGCUUGAGGAGAUUUUUAGUCUCCUGGGGGACUCCACAAAAGCUUCUCUCAGGAUACCCGUCCCUCCAGCUCACAGAGUGUCCUUCCUCCUGGAGCUCGCUCUGCUGUCCUUACAAGGGAAGAAUCACAAAGUGGCUUCCAAAUGUUUAAAAAGGUUAAAGUCAACAGGGGAGAUUAGUAUCGGUGAACAAAUAAUAAUGGAGUGUGUCAACUGUGAAAUAAACCUCCGGAAGAAAGAGACAAAGACGAAUGAUUAUUCCAAAUCCAGUGUGGAGGCCCGUCUAAAAGCAAUUGGAAAGCUAAAUCACUGUCUGCAGGCUGCACUCAGAGAAGGGGACCCUCAAGCCGUGCAAGCGGUGUGUGCGACCCAGUGGAGCUUUUGUCUUCCGCUUUUGCAGCAUAAUCUCCGCAGACACGUCAAGACACCUCUGUCGCGGGUGGCCCAAGCACUCGAAGACAUGCAAUGCAUGCUGUUCCCAGUUCGAUGUCAGGUCCAUGCCGAGCUUGCAGUGACUGAAGAGGAAGACGGCCUCCUCGAGGCUUCAAUGGUUCACCUCCAGAAAGCCAUGUUGCUGGAUAAUGGCACACAGAAAGAAAGAUUGUCGUCAGCUUUCCAUCUCCUACAGCUCAGAAGAAACCUUUAUCAAACGCCCUCUCGGAGCGAGGAUAAAGCUGCGAUGCUUAUGCAGCAGGUCAAAGACAGGCAGCCCCAACAGAAUACAGAUUGCCGUCCUUUACUGCUAACUGUGGGUCAACUGUUGGCACCUGCUGAUUUCCAGAUGGUGCUGAAUGCAGACAACAUCUCGAAAAUUACCAAAGCCAAUGUUGGGUGCGGACCAAUAGCGCAGCUCUCUGCUGAGGCUCAUAAUUACUAUGCAGCUGUGCAGAAGUUGGAUGGAUACCUGGAUCGACAAGGAGAAAACACUGACAACACAGAGAGAUUGAGGCUUUGGGCUACCCUUGCAAAGACUGCAAGAAAACAGGAAGUCUGGGAUGUGUGCAGAGUGGCUGGUCGAUUCUGUUUGCUCUAUGAUGAAGCAAGAUCUAAGAUGUCCAGAUGUCACAAAUCAAAAUGCUCAGAGGAUGAAAGCCCUCCUGAAAACUUUAACAGCUUUGAAGAAUAUCAACCCUGUGCGAAGAAGUUGCGCCUUUUAGCCGAAAUAUGCUUCAUAACCGCUGAGGCUACUGCCCAAAAACUACAAAUGCAAGGUGUGCAGCUCAACAGCCCUGCCGUCCUGCCACAGGAUGUCGGUGUGUCUGAAGAUGAUCCACAUUGGAUUAUUUACAGAGACUGGAUCCAGGAUCUGUCUGCCUACGCCACAUCCACUUUCCUGCGAGCAGCGGAGCUUGGCACACAGAUCAGGGAACCCUGGGUUGUGGCAAAUUCCGCCAUUUAUUUAUGGAACUACAACAGGCACUUGUUGGUGACUGGAGCCUAUAACUGUCUCAUCCCCACCUUCCAAAGCCUGGUAGAGAUGUUCCAAAAGACGGAGUGCACAGGAAAUCAUGCUCUGUUGGUCCUCCUUUGUGAUGCCGUUGCUCGAGGUUUGUACCAGCAUCUAGCUGUCCCAGAUAACAUGGAACAAGCCUAUCCACAAGAGAAGGGAAAAGUAAAAUCAGAGAAAGCCAUCGUGAGUCAAGCUGCUGUGCUUGACCCUGAUGCACUCCUUAAGGUCCAAAAAGCCUUUGAGCUGUGUAACUACGCCCUUUCCAUAUCCAAUGGCAACACCAUAGGAGAGGCAGUACCCAUUGCUGUCCAGAAGCAACUGGUGGCUACAUGGGCACAGAUCAAAAUCCUCUUGCAGCAGCAGAUUGGCUGCCAAACGGAUACAGAUGAAAAGAAUGAAGAAAUGUCACCUAUGACUCGUGUGCUGAUUGCAGUGGAGAUGCUUCAGUCCUAUAAAGAUUCCAGUCCUUCGGAGGGUUAUGAUCCCAGUCUCUCAACACUGGUGACCAUGGUGUCAAACUGCAACUGGACUGAUGCAGUGGUGGAGUUACAGACGUGGUGUCAGCUUGCUGCCUUCUGCCACCAUGCCAAGGAAUACAGUUUGGUCCUGAGCUGCACUGAAAGAGCGAUGCAGCUCGAGGAUGAAGCAUCCAAGUGUCUUAAUACCACCCCUUGUCUUUUGUAUGGUUUACCGGCAGUGAAUGAGAUGCUGAGCACAGCAGCCUGUUUGAGGGGGUUGAGUUCAAUCCAUGAGUCCAUUGGAGAUGUACAUAUUUACAAGACGGCCAUGAACAUGCUUCUGUCUAGUGUCAGGUAUGCACAAAAGGCUGGCCAUUCAGAACUUUGUUUUACAGCCGCCAGGCAUUACUGGAACAAUUGCCUACCCCUAACACAUUCACCGGAGGAAAGACAGCAGCUCAAAGAGCCAUUGGAGGCAAUUCUCAAUGCCCUGCUUCACACUUAUCCCAAACAUACAAAUAAACAGGACAAAGUGAAACCUUUGCAGAAAGGAGCCCCUCUUGGUAGUUCUAAACCUGAAGCACCAAAUGAAGAAGUCCUAACCCUGAGAUCAUCGAUGUACGGUCUGUUGCUUCAAAUAUACAUUGAUAGAACAGAUUGCAACGGUGCUCUGCAGCUGUUGGAUAAUGCAGUUAGGGACAUGCCUGGCACCAAACACCGACUACUUCUGCUGAAAUAUCGCAUACAGAUCAAGGCGCGGCUGGGGGAAAGCGUAUUGAUGGACAUGCAGACCUUACAAGGCAAAGAAGAGCAGAAUUGUUCGUUAAUGUGGCACAAAGCAGCGCUGUGUUCUUGCAAUGUAACACAGCAGCUGACCUGCUAUCAGAAAUCAGUCACCUCUCUCAUGUCUGAGGAAAAUCAAUGGCAAAAGGUCAGCUUCCUAAUGGCAUUUGGAGCAUGGCUGUACUGUCACAACAUGUCCACAGAGGAGGCUCAGCACCAAGUUCAGUGGGCCAUUGACAUUCUUCUACAUUUGGAAACAGAUCAGUCAGAAAAUUCAGGUGGCCCUGUGUCAGAAGAAGACUCACAGGAGAUGGAUCCAGGCUCAGUAAAAUGUGAAACUCUAGCUGUUGUUCAAGGACUGUCAUUCGCACAGACUGUGUCCAGUGUGAGGGAGGUGCAACGCCUUGACAGCUUGGUACAAGCACACACUCUGCUUGCUGUCAUGGCAGACAGAAAUUCAUCCGAGCACCAGUUCAACCUGCUCAGAGCAUACGACUUUGUUCUCCAAAUAUGGCAGGUGUCAACAGCAGUUGUUUCUGUGACUCCCAGUGAUUUUCCAAAAGGCCUGUGUCCCACUCCUGCUGGGAACAAAAAAGACAAGGGCAAAGGCAAAAAAGUGAAAGAUCCAACCCCACCAGAAGUGACUCCCAAGCCUGUCUUGGAUUCCACUCAUCCUUCUACUCUGGAGUACUGGGUUAAAUACAAUUGCUCGGAUCAGGUCCGUUACACGUUCAAAACUAAUUGUAACCCACAGUGCAUCAGUAUUCACAGCAUUACAAAUCAGACCCAGAGUUUGUUUUAUCUUGAUCUUCUGGAAAAGGAGCUCCACUCGCUCUCACUGAACCACCUGACUCUACCUGUUAUGCACCUAGCUGAAACAUUUGCUCAUGACCUCUUGGAAAGGAUGAGCCUAUCUGAUCUGUAUCGACUCAGAAUAGUAAAGACCUGCUGUCAACUUGGCAUGGAGUCUCAUUGCUCAUAUCACGAGAGUCUGUUGAAUCUGAUGAAAAUACAGGAAGAAGAACAAAUCAGGUGCCACAGAGCAAUCACUCUUUUACAGGAGAGAAGACGCCUUUACACGUCGCAAAAUCAGAAAUCAGAUACGGAGUCACAUUUACAGAGGAAGAAUUUUUUCCGGUUGAAUAUUUGGGUUGACAAAGCAGAGGUCUGCCUGGAGAUGGGACUGUACCAAGGAGCCCGGCAACUGCUGGCAGAAGCUCAGUUGGUUGCAUUAGAAUUUGAAGACCAGACUGUCAUGCCAAGAAUCUUGCUUGGUAUGGCUACUCUUGCUUGUGAUGAGCAUAACUACCCGCAGGCCCUUUAUCUUCUGGAUAAGGCCCAAGCCCUAGGUGGGGACGAGCACUUUUGGUACAAGUUUACCCUCACAAAGGUGGCUGCUGUGGUUGGCCAGAGACUCCAUGAUGCACAAGCCAAGAUUGAUCAGAUCAUCAAGCAAGGAUGUGAGGCUUUGACAGUGGUUCUGAAGCAAAGGGUUAAUCGAUUCUCAGAUAUCACCUUUUUAAUUUCAUCAUUGGAAAUGAGGGGUGCCAUUGAGUGUUUAAGUGCCAUGUCUGACAGUGAUCCUGGAGUUGCACUGUCCACUAAGGAACUGCAGAUGCUAAAAGCUGCGUGUGAUACACUUGGGCAAUGUGCAAAGGUUUUCACUCAACUCAACUACAGAGACCAUGCUGCAAAGAGCCAUGAAGAGUGCACAUAUGGUCUGAGAUUUCUGGCCAUUAAGGCUACAGACAAAAAGGAGAAGCAGCGUUUUCUGCUCGAUGGACUCUCUCAUAUGCAGUUAGCAAUCUCAGAACAAGAACGUGUGGUUUUGAAUGCCGAAAACCUGCUCCACCUGCAAGAAGCAAGUUGUGGAGUGAUAUUGUCACCGAAGUGGACACUACUACGCCUCCGUCUCACCCUGGCAGAUGUUUGCUUGGCAAUACUGGAGGAACAUUGUGAAGAAAUAGUACACCGAGCUUUGGUCAAGGAUAAGACUAUUGCUGAGAUAGCAAUUGAAGAUUUUAUGCGCAGCAUUCCCGAAACCAACUCCAUUGAGCAGGAGUGGAUGAACGUGGGCAGCACGUUAGGCCAGACAUCAUUGGGCCAGCUGGCUGCAGUGAACUCUUGCCCUUUGGACGACAUGGAGAUGAGAGCACGUUGCCUGAGUUUGUUGGGGAAGACCCUGAGACUGCUGGCUGUGCAGGAGGAUCCUGUCUAUAUGUCUUCGCUCUGGGACAGACACCUGAAGGAAGGUACAUGUGGCCCCACCGCCACGUUUACAGAAGAUGAUAACUUUGGGAAAGAGAAGGAAAGUACUUUAAGCAGUAAAGAGUCCAAGUUGACCUCUGCUAAAAGCACCGAUUUGCAGCAAAAAAAGCGGAAAGUUGAGCUGCUCUUGGCCCAAGCCAAGAACGUACUGUCUGAAACUGUUAGUCUUUGUCUUCAACACAAUUUGUCAGCCUCCAUCUUGAGUGAUGCCUCUCUCAAUAUGCUGGAGUGUCUUGGCCAGACAGACCAUGAUUUGGCAUGUCAGUACCUUGCCUUGUUUCAGAGUGCUUGUACUGUUGAUGUCAUGGCCGAUGUUUUAAAUGUGGCCUGUGACGACACCAGCGUGUCCCAGCUCUCAGCUCUACUCAGCCUCUACAGGAAACUCCUUGUCUCUCAAGAGGGCAGGCCCACUCAAGUGUUGGAAGGAGUAAGACACUCCCUGAACAGCAUUUCCAAGGCCUUUUCCCAACUAACCAUCAACCCCAACCACCUAAACCUUCUUGCAGAGCUUUCAUUGGACCUGAAGAUUAUUUUACUGCAGCACUCUAAGGAUGGAUCAGAACUUUACGGCGCUGUCUACAAGGUCCCUGAAUGUGUGGAAAAUCCAAAACUAAAGACAUCACAAGGUUCACUGACAUGCUCUCAGGUGGCUAAGGUUUCUGUCUGCCCGAGGGCUCUGCUGGCUCUUCGAGAGCAGAUGCAGGUCUUUGACCAAAAGAUGAGACACGCACUCCUCAAGGAGGCCUCUUUGCAUGAUGGAAAAGUGGAAGCCUCUGACGAUGCUCAUCCGAGAUCUGAUGAAGAAAAUACGUUAACACUUCACUUUAGAGAAAUUGUUCAACAAAUGGAAGAAUACCUGAAUCCACUCAUUUCUCAGUUGGACUUCACUUUCUUGAGUUCCCAAGAGUCAACUGAGCUAGUUUCUGAAAAGGCCCAAACCAAAGGUGAAGAAAAGAAAGUAGCCUCACAUGAAGAAGGAACAGCGGGAGAAUUUGUGGUGUUGCUGGCAGAUUCAAAGUUGAUGGAGUUGCCACUGGAGGCGCUGUCUGUCCUUGAGGGAGAUCUUCUAAACUCUAUAUCUCGAGAUUUCUCCCUCCAGCUUUUUUGCAGUCGUAUUCCAAGAGAAGAGCCUACGAAAGCGGUGGAAAAGGACCCCAAAGCGGGUAAAGGCAUGAAGGGGAAAGUCGAUCAAAGCCAAGCUAUCAAAGCGAUACCUGCCAGUCACGUUCUGCCUGAGCGCACCGUCCCAACGAACUCACAGAACUUCAAAUGCAUCUUUAAUGACAAAGAUAUUGUCAACACUUUCAACAAUUUUGAAGGGACCACUCUUGUUGAGAGGAUGAAGAUGAACUGGGGCGCAUACGGUCAGCACUUUAACCGUUUGUUGCCGGGCUUUGUGGGCAUCAAACAAACUCCCAGUCUGAGUGAGUUGGAAAAGGUGCUGUGCAACUGCAGUGGAUUCAUGUACCUGGGAGCGGAACGCUUCUUGACUCCAGUCCCAUCUGCCAAACUCGCAGCUCUCAAUUUGUCAGAAUGCCAUAUGGCUCUUCUGUUUGACCUGGUCCAGAGUAAUACCAAUGCUGUGCACUCAUCCAACUUUGACGUGGACAAAAGGGCAGGACAACGCACCCUCGAGAAGCCCUCGGAGGUCGCUCUGCUUUUGAGCUUGAAUGGCGUCAACUGCAUUGUCCUCAACCAGUGGCAUAGCAGCCUUCAACAGAUCUCUGAAUACAUGAGCAACUUUUUGGACAGUUUUCUGAGCGGCAGACAGACCUCUGGUCAGAUUGUCCGUUCCCUCAGGCGAGAUGAUGAUGAUGACGAGGAGGAUGCUGAUGAUAAUGAUGCCACGGGAUUAGAUGAUCGCAAUUCUGUCUCUGACUCAAAAGAAAAACGUCAGCGCAAACCUGAACUGACACCAUCAGCCUUCAACUGUGUUCUUUAUGGACUCCCUAUUGUGACCGGCGCAUAAAGCUAUUAAAGUAACUCGGAUAUUGCAUUGCGCAUUAAGUAUAUUGAGUACUGAAA